UUUAGCAGUACUACCAAAUACGCAUCAUUCUAGUAAAUCAAAUGCCAUCUGUACUGGUACUAUUGAUGGUAAUGAUGGUGAUAUUAUAUGGUAAUGUGGAAAUAGUGGAAUGUUUAGAGAUGGAUGAAAAUGAUCCGGAAAGUAUUGAUCGAGAAAUUCGAACAAUGUGCCAUCUUAAUCCAACCAUCGAUAUUUGUGCUGAAAAUGCUAUAGAGAAACGGAAAUCAAGCUAUAUGCGUUUUGGACGAUUGUAUCCGGCAAUUUUUGCGGCUGAACCGCAUUUGAGCGAAAAACGGAAGAGCGCAUACAUGAGAUUUGGAAAACGUUAUGUAGAUUCCAAUGAUUAUGUAAAAAGAAAGUCAGCAUACAUGCGAUUUGGUCGCUAAGAGAAAAAGUGAAGGAAUGUUUAUCAAGAUUCCGAUGCAUAAUUACCUGGCAUAACAUAUUCAUGUUAAUGCUUCCUUAUGCCCAAACACAAUUACACCUACUGCUCUUUGUUUUUUAUCUUAUAUUGGUUGCAUAGUUAAUAACUGCUAGAGUUAAUUUUGCAUUAAAACAUCAUACACUUCAUAACUGUCAUGGGAAAAACGUGAUUGCGACCAGUUACGUGGCACUUGAACAUCACAUUUUCCGUUCACCCAUAAACAUAGACGUCAUUAUGCAUUUAUAUUAUUGAUAUCAAUGUUUAUCAGGAAUUCAAAAUGCAAACAAUGCAAACAACCUCAAUUGAAUUGAAGCAUCAAAUAACUUUACC